CCCUCCUACAGCAGCAGCAGCAGCAGCAGCAGCUAAACACAAGCCUCACUCCACAUCGCAUCGGCCGGCCUCUCCCUCCGAGGAGAGCUCCCGCACGUCGCCGCCAGUGCGGGCGAGAGCCAUGAGAGGAGGAGGAGGAGGAGGAGGGGAGGACACGCGGAGGACGGCGGCCGGGCAGGCCAUGGUAGAGCUGCAGGCCAACGGGGCGACCGCGACGUCGGCCAGCGGCGCGAUGGUGGUGGGGCUGAGCCCGCUGAGCGAGACGCUGUGGCGUGACAGCAAGGCGCUGCCGGGGGCCGGCGCGGCGGCGCUCAUCGGCGAGGUGUCGGCGAGGCUGACGUGGAAGGACCUGUCGGUCACCGUGGCGCUGGGCCCCGGGAAGACGCAGACCGUGCUGGACGAGCUCACCGGCUUCGCCGAGCCCGGGUCGCUGACGGCGCUCAUGGGCCCGUCCGGCUCCGGCAAGUCCACCCUCCUGGACGCCCUCGCCGGCCGCCUCGCCGCCAACGCCUUCCUCUCCGGCAGCGUCCUGCUCAACGGCCGCAAGGCCAAGCUCUCCUUCGGCGCCGCGGCGUACGUGACGCAGGACGACAACCUGAUCGGGACGCUGACGGUGCGGGAGACGAUCGGGUACUCGGCGCUGCUGCGGCUGCCGGACAAGAUGCCCCGCGACGACAAGCGCGCGCUGGUGGAGGGCACCAUCGUGGAGAUGGGGCUCCAGGACUGCGCCGACACCGUCAUCGGCAACUGGCACCUCCGCGGCGUCAGCGGCGGCGAGAAGCGCCGGGUCAGCAUCGCCCUCGAGCUCCUCAUGCGGCCCCGCCUCCUCUUCCUCGACGAGCCCACCAGCGGCCUCGACAGCUCGUCGGCCUUCUUCGUGACGCAGACGCUGCGGGGGCUGGCGAGGGACGGCAGGACGGUGAUUGCGUCCAUCCACCAGCCCAGCAGCGAGGUCUUCGAGCUCUUCGACAUGCUCUUCCUGCUCUCCGGGGGCAAGAACGUCUACUUCGGACAGGCAGCGCAAGCAUGCGAGUUCUUCGCUGAAGUUGGCUUCCCGUGCCCGCCUAUGAGGAACCCCUCGGACCAUUUCCUGAGGUGCGUCAACUCCGACUUCGACAAGGUUAAGGCCACCCUCAAAGGAUCGAUGAAAGCAAGGAUCGAAAGGUCCGAUGAUCCUCUAGAUAAGAUAACCACGUCGGAGGCCAUCAGGAAACUGGUCUCUGCCUACAACAGGUCACAGUACUACUACGCUGCUAGGGAGAAAGUUAAUGACAUUGCGCGAAUCAAAGGAACGGUGAUGGAUUCAAGGGGCAGCCAGGCUAGCUUCUUGAUGCAGGCAUGUACACUUACCAGACGCUCAUUCAUCAACAUGUCGCGUGACUUUGGGUACUACUGGCUCAGGCUCUUGAUCUAUCUCCUUGUCACCGUCUGCAUCGGCACAAUCUACCUGGAUGUUGGCACCAAAUACACAUCCAUCCUGGCCAGGGCAGCAUGUGCAGCAUUCGUCUUUGGAUUCGUCACCUUCAUGUCCAUUGGAGGAUUCCCUUCAUUCGUGGAAGAAAUGAAGGUCUUCCAGCGGGAGCGGCUGAAUGGGCACUACGGUGUUGCAGCAUUUGUCAUUGCCAACACCAUCUCGGCUCUGCCAUUCCUGGUCCUGAUAUGCUUCCUGUCAGGGACAGUAUGCUACUUCAUGGUGCGCCUUCAUCCUGGUUUCUCACACUACAUCUUCUUCGUCUUGAACCUCUACGCCAGUGUCACCGUGGUUGAGAGCUUGAUGAUGGCCAUUGCAAGUGUCAUACCCAAUUUCCUCAUGGGCAUCAUCAUAGGAGCUGGAAUUCAGGGAAUAUUCAUGCUUGUCUCUGGAUACUUCAGACUUCCGUAUGACAUCCCCAAGGUUUUCUGGAGAUACCCCAUGCAGUACAUCAGCUUCCAUUACUGGGCACUACAGGGCCAAUGCCAGAAUGACAUGGACGGUCUCCUAUUCGACAACCAAUACCCGGACCAGCCGAAGAUCCCCGGGCAGUUCAUACUGAAGUACAUCUUCCAGAUCAACGUGCACCGGUCAAAGUGGAUCGACCUGUCGGUCAUCUUCAGCAUGAUCUUCAUCUACCGCAUGCUCUUCUUCAUCAUGAUCAAGGUGAACGAGGACGUGAUGCCCUGGAUCCGGGGCUACAUCGCGAGGAAAAGGCUUCAGAAGAAGGUGCCUGCCAUCGGCAAGACGCCUUCCCUGAGAGGCUACGUCGUGGAUCCGGAGCUCGGUCCUAAUGAAGGCUAGAAAGAAGAUGAUAAGCUUGGGGGUCGCUGGGGUAGCACAAAUAGGAGGUCUCCUACCGGUUCUUGCCGUAAUAUGUAUCUAUGAUCAGAGAAACUGGUAAUUUUUAUACGUUUUGCAAGGUGAAGCCCGUUUCAGUAGAGGUACAUACAUACAUGUAAUGCGUUCGUUGAGAAAUGGCAUCGGCGAUGCAGGGUGACACAUAA